AUGCCCGACGAAUAUAAUGUCUCACUUACAUCUGGUGGACAGUUGAUUCCUCAUUUGAACAGGCUUUCCACCGACGGUCACUAUUCCAUUACUUUUUUUAAUAAUCAUAUAACCAUCUAUUUUAUUCAAUCGAGACUAGCAAUUAGAACCUUUCAUGAGAUACCUGGCUUGACUUUCAGCAAUAUAGUGGAUACUUGUAUUUCUCCAAUCAACAAUAACCUCAUUUAUGUUGCUACACAUUCCAAGGUCUUCAUUAUCAACUGGUACGACAAUGUGAAAAUCCCACUUGUUUCUACAAUUUCCCUCUCUUUAAGCUUGUCUGAGAAAAUGUUUGAUAUUGUGAAGAUUAUAAAUUUCCAGGAAAAAAGUGAAACAGUUGUCAAUCUUUUACUGAAAGCCAAAAAACAGUAUGCUAUAGUUUCUUAUGAUCUCGAUAAGAAUGAAAUCUUGAGAACCUAUAAAGUGUAUGAGAAUAUUCAGCAGUAUGCAGUUUCCAGCAAUUUGAAAAAUUUGGCAUUUUCAAAUAGUUCAGGUGCUGUUCAAGUUUUUACGUUUGAUGAUGAAAAUACUGCAGAAUUGACAUCUUUUCAAACGACUUAUAAUACCAGUGGCUCUCAAAUUGUGAAAAUUGCCGUAUCAACUGAUCAAACUGAUCCGUUGUUAGCAAUAGGUACUUCUCAUGGGCCAGUGAUUCUUUUAUUCGAUUUGUUAUCAUCCAAACCAACACAGAGAACUUUAAAAUGGCAUAUAGAACCUGUUAAAGCUUUAACUUUCAAUCAUGAUCAAUCAUACCUAUUAACAGGUGGUAGCGAAAAGGUUCUGGUUUAUUGGAAUAUUAUCACGGAAAAGCAACAGUUUCUACCUAGAUUAAAUGGUGUUAUUGAAGAUAUCCAGAUUAAUUAUUCAGUUCCCUCCUUAGUAGGAUUGUCCUUAAACGUUAUCGAUAAUGAUUUCCAGUAUAUUGUGUUAGGUACAACUGAUUUGUUAUCUAAAUUGGAUAUAAACACUCCUCAUAUUUAUUCUGGUUUGAAUAAAAAUAAUCAGCUAUUCAAGAACAUCCAACGUGACGUUAGUUCUUUCAACAAGUCAAAGCAGUUUACAAAGAUUAAACAUGACUACAAACUUGGAUUUAGGAUUCAUCCAUCAAGCAAUCACUUAUAUUUACCGGCUGGCAGACAUUUACAAAUUUACGAUUACUUACAUAACACACAAAUAGAUAAUCUAGCAGUUGCUCCUGCGAUCCAACAAUAUGGUAAAGUUGGUAUUGAAAAUAAAAUCAGUGAUCCAAUGGUUGUCGGAUUUGAAUUCAUCAAAUGUGCCAAAACAAAUUCGAAGGAUUGGUUAGUCACUUGUGAUGUUGAAAUUAGAGGUGAAGCAGAAGACAUUACAAAUCCAUCAAUAGAGCGUUGGGAGACACUAAGAUUCUGGAGAAAUAGUGGUGGCAAUCAACAAAACGAUAAGUUGGCUGUAUCUGAUUCUUGGUCAUUACAAACUAAAAUGUUACGUCCACAUGACGAAUUUCAAAUCACGUCAAUCAAUCCAGCUCCUGAUGCUUAUUUCGGUGGUGAAGCGCUUUUAACUGCUGAUGUUUGUGGUAAUGUGAAACUAUGGAGACCAAAUUCACAAGGAAUCUGGUCUUUGAGAAAAUUCUAUUCAAGUGGAUCUGAAUUUAACAACUCAACAGCCCCAUCUAAAAAAGCCGAAAAUGCCACAAAUAUCAUAAACUCUGAAGGCACAUUGUGUUCUUGGUCUUCAGACGGUUCAAUGAUUGCAGUUGGUAGAAAUGGUAAGGUCAUCCUGCUUGAUGUCAACACUUUUGAACCAAUACAUACGAUCGAGCCUGCAAUUCAUGCUUCAAGAUUCCACACACACGCUUCAAUUGAUGGUAAAUCUGAAGAAAAAGUUACAAUUUCCAAGCCAAAAGAUGCACAGAAGAGAUACAUUGAUAUGCAUUUACAAGAUAAUCAUCUCCAGUCAAUUGAUUUCACAUCCAAUGGAAAGCUUUUAGUUAUUCAAGCACGUACACAUUUAUGUGUUGUUGACAUUUUGAAGAAUAGGGUGAUAUUUGGGUUAUUAUUAAGCGGAGAAGGUGGGAAGUCAGGUUAUGGUGGAUCAUUCGUCAGGCUUGUACCAAGAAGCAAACGCGAUAUCAAUGAUGAAGAUAGCACAGACUUGGAAGAGAACACCACUGAUGAACUUAUGGUAGUCGGAAAGUAUAUGAAUUCCAAGGGUUCCGUAAAAUCGAAGGUUACCCUAUGGAAUAUUUCCGAUAAAAAGUCAACAAUCGACUGCAAAUGGUGUUAUAACUCGAGUGAACCAAUAGUUGGUGCUGAGUGGUCUCCAGCUUGGGGAAAAUGGAUUAUCAUUGAUAUCAAGUCGAAUAUUGGCGAAAUUGGAUUUGGAACAUCAACACGAAAUGAGUUAUUAGUCAAAUCCUCCAAGGAACAAGAAGAAAAUUGGAUUGUCUCUAGUUUGUUGGAUAACGCAAGAACAAUCAACCGUGCAACUACAAUUUCGGUAAGUUCAAGGAAAAAUUCAGAUGGUGAUGGUGCAUUUAAUGACAGAGUUGGACUCCAUUCAACUGCGUUUGAUGGCAUACUUGAUAACCUUGAAGGUGUUUCAGUUUCUACGUUAUUUGAAAGAGUUCUAAAAGUGGUUUAA